AUGGCUCAAGAUCUGCCAGAACGACCUCUUGUGCUAUCACUUCGGCCUCUCCAAUUCCCACCCCCAAAUUGCCUCGUACAGGGAGUCCUCUUUUCGGAAGACAUGAAGAAGAGUCUUCGCGUCUACAGCGUCAAGCACGAGGAAAAAGAGUACACCCUCGAGGUUUGCCAGGAGUCUAUUCCCGUCGACGUCGUUGUCCAUGUCGCGCUACUGUUCGGGGCCCGAUUCGAGCCGAGAUCGCUUACCUGGUUCUCCACUAUACCAAUCACCACGUUCGAUCGAGGAACACCAACUACCGGAUACAGCCAACAGGUUGACGAUCUGCUCGAUUCAUACGAUGAAGCCCUUCAAAAGUCCCUAGCCAAACAAGGCGUGCCCGACGUAAAGCUCUCCCGCUUAUCUCUCUCCGAUCACGCCAGGCACCUCAGUCUGCCACUUGGCACCGGCACAGGCAACUUCGAAGACCGGGAUGAACAACAGCUCACUGGCACGGACCAUGAGCGGGAUGGCGGAUCCGAAAUCGUCAUAUUUGAAGACGGGUGGAUUGCACCACCGCCCACACCCUCAUCUCCAACUGCAAGCCCAGACGUGGAUCAUCGGGGUUCAGACUUCGCUUAG